GCCCUAUUACCUAUACGCGAAAUGUAAGGUCGUUCUUCAGCUCCGCGUAUCGCAAUAUAUUGGUACCUAGGUACCUACACAUCUCAUCUAAGGGGACAUGUCAUAACGACGAUGGCUCAAUCCCUCAUCGGCAGGGCGUCAAUUUAGACAACAAUACCACGUCCUCUGCGUAAAAGCGGGCCAAGCCUUAGAUAUUCCCUACAUUUCUGCCUACAGAGCUUUGAGCUUAUUCUCAGUCUGUCGAAUUACAUAGUAGAAGACAGGCACCCAUGGCUGUAGCCAAUCGGACUAACCUGGCAUUAGUCACUCUACCAUCCUUUUGUGUUAGAUUAAUCCCAAUUUCACCGACUUAUUCCAUUUCAUCAUGCGUUCCCUUCAGCUUCGAACCAUUCUUUGGUCUAGGCUCGUGCUUUCCGGCCGAAAAGGGAUGUAGUUAAGGCUAAUUGUCUGGCCGUCGGUGUGCCUACGCCUAGUAUUGUAAGGGGCAAUGGAAAGUUAUAUAUAUAUACUGUCGUCCUUCGCGUCGUCGGGUUCCUAUUAUUUUGCUAUGUGCCCGCCCAUUCACUCACAGGUUCACUCGUUCCUACCAAGCUUUUAGCUCUAUAACUUCAAGAUGUUCGCUCAACUUGCCGUCGCUUCCAUUCUUGCCGCCGCCCCGUUGGCUCGGGCAGCUCAAAAUGUAACAGUUAAGGCCUUGCCGUCUGACGACUGCUCAUCUUACCCCGGCUAUAAUGCUGCAACCAACACCGCCGGACCCUGGAUUCUCCAAGUAGUCGAUAGUGAUAACGUUGCUAUCGAAGGAUUUGGUGAUACAUCUGUGUACUCGAUCUCCUACAACCCUCGGGUUGAUAGUAAACCAACUUUACGAUGGGGUUACAUUACUUUUCCGACGAACAACCAGCUUGCCAAGACGGCCCUGAAGUGCGACGGGGGUGUGCUCAAGGCCCUGGUAAACACCGAUCUGACAGCCGCGGGGGCUCCGACCAAUGCUCAAUGGUCGGAAUUAUUAUUCCCUAGUAAUGCGCCAUAUGACGCCCCUCUGCUCUAUAAAAUCACCGACGGUAUUGCGCCCCAAAUCUUCGAGCACUAUGUCGACGGCGUGAAGCAAGACGGUGUAUUUCUAGGUGCUUACGACAACAGCACUAGGUGGGGAUUCAAGUACAAUCCGGCCAACGUUGGUUCCUAUGGCCUGGACUUCUACUAUGCACGGAUCUUGGGUCCCAAUAGUGCAGAUCCCGUGACCGGCAGCCCCUUGAAGGCGAACGAGACUACGGCGUUUAUCAAGAUUCGGGCAUAGAUGAUUGUCUAUUGGGGCUUGAACAUGGGAUAGAAUGAAUAUGAUUUACCAAAAGUUGGUUGGGAGCAGAAGCUGAUAUGAGAGUAUCGUUAAUGUUAUCUGUAUUUACCUAAGGUUAGGUAGGUACUGAAGUGUGGGUAAUUUUGAUGUUAUAUCGGUAAAAGUUUGUAGUAGUAAAAGAGUAGUAAGCCUUGAAGAUGUGGGAAAUUUGAUGUUGUAUUGGUAACGUUUUCUAAUAAGUGGGCUCCUCCCAGUGAAACUCAGUUAGGAACUGCCCACUGCUUACCUCAUGUAACCACCACCAUCGUAUCUAACUUGGGUUAGGUACCUAAGGUACAACAAAAGUACAGGAGGUACGUAGGAGGUAGUACAUUUAUAUAAGGUAUUGUAGGUAUAAAG